AGAGCAUUAGACCGCAUUCACUUUCGAAGGGUUUCUCGAGACGAAUUCUGGGCCUGGGCAUGCAGGAGUACGUGUGUAGUUCUCAUAGACCUUUUUUCGUGGAAAUCUGGUGACCUUCGUAGUCGUCGCGAGCAAGCCCAAAGGUCUUUUAGACUUCGCAUUUCUGGAGCUCUUCGACUUCUUGUCCAGGACCGAAAAUGACUGACAACGCGCAGACAACUUCAGCGGAGGCGGGCGCCGCAAAUCCCAGCGGCGAGCAUCCGUCGGCUGGAGCAAAGAGGCGCCAGACGCUUGCCGCUCAUGAACUUCGAGAUAUUCAGGACGGGAAAGCCAUGGACGAUGUGGACCAAGAUAGCCAACCCGCUGAUGACAUGAAACAGGCAGACGCUGCUACCCUACAAAAGAGACAACGCUUGCGGAUCGUUCGCUCUGCCGCCGCUGUUCCGCAUCCGCAAGGAGAGACAACACCUGGCUCGCCCGUGACAGGAAGCUUGUCUCCCGCUGAGAAGCCUGUUGAAGCACCGAAACCAUCAGCUGAAGAGUCUGCUUCACGGGAGACGAAGGACGAGCAGAAUGCCGAGGGAGGAAAGGCAACAAACGGCGUUCCCGAGAACGGGAAGGAGGGAGCAGGCAAAUCUGAAAAAGAGCAAGUUGGGUCGUCUGAACUUCUUCUCGGUCCCGCGGAAAUCAAGAGCGUGCAGACCUUCAGCAGCGCCUUUGCAUCACUCUCGAAACAGCCCCAGUCUUCUUUUUUCCUUUCUCCGCCCCAGUCGAACGCCGGAGGCGAGACAUCAGGAACGCCGUCGCUGUUUGCCAGCUUGGCUUCCACGUCGUCUCUGUUCUCCACUUCUAGCGUCAAUAAAGACAACGAAGAUGGAGCAGAUGCCGAGGAUGAACAGAAGGCAGAGGAACCCAGCGUCAUUGAAAACGAGGUCGACGCCGACGAAGAAAUUCUUUUCACCGAUCGAGAUUGUCGCAUGCAACGCUUCGACGCCAGUCAGACAGCCUGGGCACCCAAACCCCCGCUCGAGGGGCGCGUUCAGGUCUCGGCCAGCAAGAAACCGGAAGACAACGGAGCCACCAGAAUUCUCUUCUUCGUUCACCGCACGGGACGGCUUCAACUGAACACACCGCUCUUUGCGUCUGCGAACUAUCAGCACCCGCCUGACCGAAGUCGUCAACGCGCAGUGCCCCCCAGGGACGAGAAACCUGAUGACGAGAAAAAUGGAGAGGAGCCGCUGACGGAAGAAAUGCCGAAGAAAAGGAACACGGCACAAUUUCUUGGACUGAGAACAGAUGCCCAGAGCAGCUCAGACACCACAAUCUACCGCAUUCGAUUCUCGAACGAGGAGAAGUGUGCAGAGUUUCUAUCCUUGGCGAACGAACGGAAAACAAAGGGCAAAAGCCAGUCUACCAGUGCGUAAUGACUGCUGAGGUCUCGUUCAGAAACUGUUUCAUUUUUCGUCGGAACAGAGAAGCUGCGAAACCGGAUCUGCAGACCAGACAAACGAUGUUGUCAAGGUUUUUCUUUUCUGGAGACAGAACCUUGGGCAAAGGCCUCCGCUGUUGGGUGGGGCACGAUACCCCCGUCCGAGACUGCCUGGACGUCCUUUCCAUGUUCGUUGGUGAUUUCUGAGUGAUUCACAAUUCCAAAAGUGCGUGACAGAAAACGUGGAAUGCUCGGUUGCUUCAAGCGCACAGAGAGCCGCCUGGACACACGUCUGUCCCCUCGCUAGCUUUUCCCCAGUGCACCUUUGCGGUGACUCCACGGGGCUGGACAUCAGGACUUUGUCAUGCCAAGAUAGGCACACCGCAGUCUGGAUCCUGCCCUGGUAACUGUUGAUCGUUGAAAGCGUUUUUGAGAUUGGGAGAACAACGCCACUUGACGCAGAAGCAUCGAUGCUGCCUUCGC